UUCCGCUUUGCAAGCAAGGGCGGCCAGCAAACUUACUUUCGUCUCGGUGAAGCGAGGAAGAGCAAAGCUGCCAAAAAAUUUACUUUACCAAAGUACUGCAGAAAAGGACUGACUGCUGCGUUUCUGAGGAUUUCACACACUUUAUGAACGAAAGUUGGAGCCGAAAUGGCUGAAAGGUUCAACUGGGGACAGCCCACUGUGCAGCAAGGCUCGCCGUACAUCGAGAUCAUCGAGCAGCCCAAGGCGAGAGGGAUGCGCUUCCGUUAUAAAUGCGAGGGGAGAUCAGCUGGAAGCAUACCCGGCGAAAAAAGCAACGAUUCCACCAAAACACACCCAGCCAUCAAGGUGCAUAACUACAGCGGCCCAAUCAGAGUGAAGAUCUCCUUGGUUACCAAGAACCCGCCGUACAAGCCGCACCCACACGAGCUGGUGGGAAAAGACUGUAAACACGGCUACUACGAAGCUGACCUGCCCGAGAGACGGGUUCACAGUUUCCAGAAUCUCGGUAUUCAGUGUGUGAAGAAGAAGGAUGUGGCCGAAGCCGUUUCCUGUCGCCUGCAGACACAGAACAACCCUUUUAACAUUCCCGAAGCCAAAGUGUGGGAGGAGGAGUACGACCUGAACGCCGUCCGCCUCUGUUUCCAGGCAACCAUCACCCUGGCAACCGGCGAGCUGUACGCUCUGGAGCCUGUCAUCUCUCAGCCCAUCUACGACAACAGAGCUCCGAACACAGCCGAGCUAAAGAUCUGUCGCGUGAACAGGAACUCUGGCAGCUGCCGGGGCGGAGAUGAAAUCUUCCUACUGUGUGACAAAGUGCAAAAAGAGGACAUCGAGGUGCGCUUCUUCCGAGACUCGUGGGAAAGUAAAGGCUCGUUCUCUCAGGCCGACGUCCACAGGCAGGUCGCCAUCGUGUUCCGCACGCCGCCCUACUGCGAUACGAACCUGACGGAGCCGGUGAGAGUGAAGAUGCAGCUCCGCAGGCCGUCAGACCGCGAGGUCAGCGAGCCCAUGGACUUCCAGUAUCUCCCCGCCGACCCAGAUGAGUACAGGCUGAUGGAGAAGAGGAAGCGGACGGAGGGAAUGCUCCAGAACCUCAAACUGAGCAACAUCAUGCCAGAUGCCACCGCUGCGAGGAAAAGCAUAACUGCCAUAAGAACACUUCCAGCUCCGAAACCCCUGGCUACUGCCAGUGCUCCACCAGUGGUGAAUCCUGUGCCAUGCAUGGGUCCAGUGAGGCCUCCGUCUUUGUUCAACACUCCCGCUCCAGGCCUUCUGUUCACUCAGUCCCAAACCGAGUCGACGCCCUCUAACGGAGACGGAUGGAAGUUUUUCACCAACGUCAAAGUGCAGCCUUCUGCCGUUCCAGCUCCGUCCGUCGCUCAAGACUUCCGCACGGUCAAUCUCUCCGACCUGCACGGCUUCUCCUUUCCUACGUUCCCUCCCUCCGUUCCAGAUCAAUCCGACUCGGGCAGCAGGAGGGACGGAACCGGGGCUAACGGAGCUGGUACCAUGGUGACCCAAGAGGUCCAAAAUACGUACGCCUCUUCCAUCAGCCUGAUGGAUAACGAGAUUCCUGAGUUCCCGAGCUUUUCCGAAGCCCAGACGUCAGACGUGGAGAACAUCAACACUGACGAUUUUCAGGCGCUGCUGGGCCAAAGCGGAGACGGCACUUUGGCUACUUCCGUAUGUCACGCCAACGCGGCAGGAAGCAUGGCCGUCGAUAACGCGCUGGGUUCCAGCGGUGCCGAGCAGGCGGCGAGAAACCUGGGCAACGGAACCUGGAUGAGUUUCCCACAAAGCAUCAUCAACUUUCUGCAGAACGAGCCGAUGCCGGACGAGGGGAUGGCCGGCACAUCAGCCGUACCUGACACCCUCGACGACUUAGACUUCCCCUCCCUAGACGAGGAUCGCCUCAUGUCCAUGUUGAACAGCGGCAACCAAGUCAGCUUCCUGUCCGGGCAUCCCACUUAGAUAUUA